AUGGCUUCUCAAGGGCAGAUGCACGACAUCGGAUUGCGUAUCGAUAUCAUACACCAGCCCGAGGAUAUCAUUCAAGCUUUUGAUUGUGUGUGCGAGGCAUUUGGUCGUCAGGUCCAAGAUGGGAUCUGGACAGCCAUGAACCCAGGAUGGGACACCCCUCAGGGGAGGGCAUGUGGAGCCGAGAGGAUGGUAGCCCGCUGGCGCCACAAGACCAAUGACAAAUAUGGUCUCCCGAACACCAUAUUCCUCAAGGCUACGCUGCCGUGUCCGCAGAAUGAAGACAGACGUAUCAUCGUGGGUUGCGGGAUUUGGGUGCAAGCUUCCACCAUAGAGGGCCAUGGCGAUCCUCCAGCGGAAGAUUUGGUCAAUUCGCUGAACCUCAAUGCUCUUUACCCUGAAAACGAGCCUGAACAACGUUACCUCUGUCAAGCUAUUUCCUCUCUGCAUAGAAGACGCAACGAGGUAAUCAAGGAGAAGGCCACUGCAGCACCACCAGCAGUUAUGAUCCUGGACAUGUGCGUCGUUGAUCCGGCCCAUCAGCGCAAAGGCGUCGCAAGGGAGCUUGUACAGUGGGGCAUCAAUGAAGCACUACGACGUGGAGAUCUGGAAGCCAUCACCGAGGCGUCCAGUAUGGGUCGGCAUGUAUAUGGACAGAUGGGCUUCCAUGCGGAUAAGCACGAGAUCGAAUAUGUUGUGGACGACGAAUUUGCUUCUCGUAGGAAGCCACCUAACCUGUUUAUGCGCACCAAUAGCAACGUACUUUGA